AUGUCUAUGUCUCUUUCUUUUCUUCGUUUCUCUUGUUCCUCUCAUUCAAUUUCACCCUCUUUAUCUCAUCUUCCUCCUCAAUUACCAAACUCUCGUGCUUCCCAUUUCGUUUUCUGCCGCUAUAGACGCACUCACAUUGCUUGUUCAUCUUCUUCCAUUCGCCGUCGUCUCUGCAAACUCCGUUCCUUUUCCAGCCUCAGCGGAGCUUCUGAAUUUGACAGUAUAAGUCAAAGGAGCCAUGACGAAGAAGAAGAUGAUGAACAACAAAUUAGAACUAGAGCUAGUAAUGAGGAUGAAGUAGACGAUGAUGAAGAAGAUGAACAAGAGUUUAUUAGCUCUUAUGUUUUCCCUGAAAGAUGGGAUGUCUUAGGUCUUGGACAGGCCAUGGUGGACUUUUCUGGCACAGUUGAUGAUGAGUUCCUGGAGAAUUUAGGAUUAGAAAAGGGAACAAGGAGACUUGUAAAUCAUGAGGAAAGAGGUAGAGUUUUGCAGGCCAUGGAUGGUUGCAGCUAUAAAGCCGCUGCUGGUGGAUCUCUUUCUAAUACCUUAGUUGCCCUGGCAAGGCUUGGAGGUCGCUCCCUCCGAGAACCUGCUAUAAAUGUCGCAAUGGCUGGCAGUGUCGCAAGCGAUCUAUUGGGUGGUUUCUACAGGGAAAAAUUACGCCGAGCAAAUGUGCAAUUUCUGUCUGUGCCUAUCAAGGAUGCCACAACUGGAACUGUUAUAGUUCUUACCACUCCAGAUGCUCAUCGCACAAUGCUUGCAUAUCAGGGCACAUCUUCAACUGUUAACUUUGACACUUCCUUGGCAAGUGCAGUUUCUAAGACCAACAUACUUGUUGUUGAAGGGUAUCUAUUUGAACUUCCCGACACUAUCAGAACAAUAACAAAAGCAUGUAUGGUAGCUAGGAGUAAUGGUGCCCUGGUUGCAGUAACAGCUUCAGAUGUCUCCUGCAUCGAGAGACAUUUUGAUCAUUUCUGGGAGAUCAUAGGCAAUUAUGCAGAUUUAAUCUUCGCAAACGUUGAUGAGGCGAGAGCUCUUUGUAAUUUGGAUGCAAAGGAGAGCCCUGUUUCUGUUGCAAAGUAUCUAAGUCAGUUUGUCCCUCUAGUAUCUGUUACGGACGGUAUCAAAGGCUCUUACAUAGGCGUAAAAGGUGAAGCCGUAUACAUCCCUCCUACUCCAUGUGUUCCAGUAGAUACAUGUGGUGCUGGUGAUGCAUAUGCUUCUGGCAUUUUGUAUGGUGUUUUACGAGGCAUGUCGGAUGUGAGAAGUAUCGGUACAAUAGCAGCUAAGGUUGCAUCCACUGUUGUUGCGCAGCAGGGAACGAGGCUUCGAAUUUCAGAUGCAGUUAAAUUGGCUGAAUCUUUUGCGUUUCAACUUAAUGCAUCAUCGACGGUUUGA